AUGUGCUCAUUUCUGCCACCAGGAAAGGAUGCUGGAAGUGUCAGGAAGCUCAGUAUCGACUCGAGGAUUAUGACGAGCGAAGAGCCAGGCGGCUUCAUCAACUUUUGUUGGACGUCGGUUACGCCAGUCACUGUUAUCGCUUUGCUUUCGGCCAAGCUGAUACAGGGUCCAUUGGGAGAGAAACGGUACCCGCCAUUCGUUGAAGGCGCCAUCUUGUGGUUGGAGGUGGUGCAAGUCAGCUUUAUUCCAGUGUACGCCGUCGUCUUGAUGCUCUGCACUAGACUGAGCCUGCGUGACUGCCUGGUCCCUCUGCCCACGUGGACGCCCGUAAACUGGGAGCUGUCCAUGCUGUACCGGCAGCACCUUGUCGCUGAAGGACUGGACGCACGACAGCUGGAGGAAAAAGAAACAGCAUCGCCGAGCGUGCCAGUUUCGCCCACUCCUUCACCGAGUCGUCCUCUGUCGCCGCUGUUGGAGUCCACGUCGUCGUCGAGCGGUCUACUGGGGACGCACCUGAUCCUGACCACUGAGGCGAAGAUAAGCCCGGCGACCAGCGAUUGGCGGUACGACAGUUCGGACGAGGGCAACGCACAGCCGCCCGUGAAGUGGCGCUCUCCUCCCGAUAAGGUCGUGCCUCGUUCGGGCACCUUCCACAAGUCGCUAAGCCUGAGCGCCGUCUGGCGCGCGGUCAGGUUCAACGCCGCCUCGCCGAAAUCGGCGCGGACGAAGGUGCCAUCUCACGCGCCAUCUCACGCGCCAUCUCCAACUUCCACUCCGCCGCACGCGGCGCUGUUCGUGAGGGACACGUCAGAAGUCCUGGCGACGUUGCCGCUCGUCCCCAGGAGCGACGCGGGACCCACGGCUCCGGCCGUCUCCCCAUCACCACCUUUGCCAGCCAAUCGCGCGGCGCGUGAGGACAGCGAACUUCUUGAAGAAUUACCGGUCGACUCCUACGUCCAGGUCCAGGCUGAUCGCGCGCCGGGAAUUCCCCAGCAGAUACAGCCACCUCCGCAGGUACUACCCUCGUCGUGUGGACAGUUACCCGAUGCCGCAGCGCCCUCUGCUGUGGAUACACAGCGGACCAGCACCUGA